GGGCAGCUGCCGUUACUCAGGUUGACGCUCGUUGACGCUCGUUGACGCGCCGCGCUGCUGAUGUGGAGGAACUAACGGAGCCUGGUUUCAGCAGCUGCGGAUGGAAAUGAGGAGACAGAACCAGGUCUUGCUCAGACUCAGUUUGAUGUAGUCCCUGAUGUAGUCCCUGAGGUUCCCGCGUCCUCUGAAGGUUUUUAUCACUUUGCUUUGUUUUGACUUCACGGACAGAAAGCUAGCUGCCGUUAGCCCGCCGCGCUCGGUGUAACGGAUACUCAGACACACACGAACCGGUCCGGUUCGGUGAAAAGAGGCGAGUUCGCCCCGUUUAAACCAUGAUACAGGGAUAGAAGAAGCUCCUGGUUGUGGACUGAAUGUAAACCCUGGACCCGCUCAGAGACCGUGCUCCUGUAAGGGUUUAAAAACCAGCUGAGAGGAUGAGCUAACCUGACGCUCUGACGGAAACCAGUGCAGAUCGAACUACUGAGGAAGAGGAGAUGAGUCCAUUUUGGCGGCGAGACUUGCCCCUGGCAGAGAGUUUGGGGAAUGGCUCUCCUGUCGGCAUCGCCCCAGGGUCCCUGGUCACCGCGGCACCGCAAACAUCCAACACCUCCUGGGCACCGGAGGCCCCCGUGGUCACACAGGAGGAGCCGACCUUCCUCAUGACCUCCACCGCCCAGACUAUAUCAGGGUUCUUCGUCUGGACAGCUCUUCUGAUCACAUGUCACCAGAUAUACAUGCACCUGCGUUACUACAGCUCUCCUAACGAGCAGAGGCACAUCGUCCGGAUCCUCUUCAUCGUCCCCAUCUACGCCUUCGACUCCUGGCUCAGCCUCCUCUUCUUCACCAACGAGGAGUACUACGUGUACUUUGACACGGUUAGAGACUGCUACGAAGCCUUUGUCAUCUACAACUUCCUGAGUCUGUGUUACGAGUAUCUGGGAGGAGAGAGCGCCAUCAUGGCCGAGAUCAGAGGGAAACCCAUCGAGUCCAGCUGUGUGUACGGGACCUGCUGUCUGUGGGGGAAGACCUACUCCAUCGGGUUCCUCAGGUUCUGCAAACAGGCUACUCUCCAGUUCUGUGUGGUGAAACCUCUGAUGGCGAUCAUCACCGUGGUUCUUCAGGCCUUUGGGAAAUACAAAGAUGGAGACUUUAACGUGGCGAGUGGCUACCUGUACGCCACCAUCAUCUACAACAUCUCCGUCAGCCUGUCGCUCUACGCUCUCUUCCUCUUCUACUUCGCCACCCGAGAGCUGCUCGUCCCGUACAACCCUGUGCUCAAGUUCUUCAUGGUGAAGUCAGUCAUCUUCCUGUCCUUCUGGCAAGGGAUGCUGCUCGCCAUCCUGGAGAAGUGCGGCGCCAUCCCUCAGAUCAGCUCUGCAGACUUCUCGGUGGGCGAGGGGACGGUCGCCGCCGGAUACCAAAACUUCAUCAUCUGCAUCGAGAUGUUCUUCGCCGCUGUCGCUCUGCGCCACGCCUUCACCUACAAGGUCUACAUGGACAAAAGACUGGACUCCUACGGUCGCUGUGCCCCGAUGAAGAGCAUCUCCAGCAGCCUGAAGGAGACCAUGAAUCCGGGCGACAUGGUCCAGGAUGCCAUCCAUAACUUCUCCCCGGCGUAUCAGCAGUACACGCAGCAGUCCACGCUGGAGCGAGGCGGAGGCCCCGCCCUCUCCCGCAGCCACAGCAACCUCAGCACCCGCGCGGACAACGAGAAGACACUGCUGCUCAGCUCCGACGACGAGUUCUAAAACUCGCUCUGCUCGAGGAGCCCGUCUGUCUAAGACCUUCUGUUUCUUAACGAGGAGAAGGUCUGUUUCUUAUUUUCUCAUUUCAUGUCAGACUUCUGAAAACAUGGCCGACAGAGAGGAGAGAGAGAGGGAGGGAGAGAGAGGUUUUAUAGAGUCAGAGAGAAGAUUUAAGGACUUCAGGUUUAUUGAUUAGCUCUCAUUAAAGAUGUGAGAGAGGCCAUAACUGACAGGAACUCUAUAUUCACCUUCUGAAUAUGGUUUAGUUAAAUAACCGUGCCUGCAUGCAGCAUCCUCACGCUGCUCUAUGAACACAGCAAAAAAACAACAGACUGAUGAAAGCUAAAAGUGCCAUCUUCAUCCGUCAGAUUUGAGUUUCAGUCCGUGCUCUUCCUCUGCCUCGCACCGACACGUUGCCAAACAGAGAGCGUCGCCCUGAGCUCCAGUCUGAAGGCGUAGGAAGGAUUUGUAGACAAACGAAGGGGUCUUCAGACGAUCCGGCUCCUUUUUAAUAUAUAAGAAACCCGUUUUCUAUUGUUGUAUGACCUUAAAGGUUCCUCUCUUUCAAGAACAGUUUGUUGGAGACGUUUUAAAUAUUCUGUGUUUGUUUCUGUUUGUUUGGAAGUGACUGAAGAGUGCAGUCGUGUGAGAGCGGUGUAACUGUGUGAGCGCUGAGGGAACAGCUGCAGGAGAGGCUUUAGUACUGUGCACAGAGAGGCUGACGGGAGGACAACACCCACACAGAUUACAGAUUACUGAAGAAGCAACACUUUGCUGCAGAGCCUGCCCAGCUGUGAUGUGCUGUGGAGCGUAAUCCCAUAAUUAAAGGCAUUACACGCAGCCCGGAUCAGGCCUGCCUCUGCUGGUGCGGCCCUGUAACGGCUGAGAGGAGGAAGGCCUGUGCACACAGGGCUCUAAAUGUGACCGCUGUCACGUCCGUGUGUGAGGAUGAGACGGAGGUUAAGUCCUGACAGGUCUCAGUUUCCUCUCUGGAGGUACGUCAGUGUUCACCGCUCUUCAUCAGCCGAUGUGUUUCAGGGGUCAGAGUGUCUCGUAGGUGUGUGAUGGUGGAGCUCAGAUGAUCCUGUGACAGACGCUGCCUUUAAACGUAGGAUCACAGAUUCCACAGAUUGACUGGAGGCUGCAGGUGAACCGACAGCUCGACCUCGUGGAGGAGGAGGAGGAGAGCAGUGGUUCAGUCGGCUCGGUGGUUAAAGAGAGGUUUAUCUGUUGAAGUUGAAACUGUGUGUUUAGCUCUGAAUGCUGCCCCUCAUCUCUCAGUAACCACUCACCUUGUGUUUGUCUCUCCUGACUCUCUAAUGUUCAGGUGAAGAACGCUUCAGUGGAUCUUUUCUAUAUGAGUAACUUUGAUUUAGUGGUUUUAGUUGAAGAGUGAUUUUACUGCCUUAUACUCUGCCUUCAUGUAACAGCAUAUCAAGCAUCCUGAUGAUCAGAUUAUAAUCCACGCCAUGCAGAGACUGAAAACAAGCCGACUAUUUAAAGCAGGAAAUAUUAUCCAGAGAGGGAGAUGUAAAUAUUUAAAGUGAGCGCUUCAGUGAAAUCCUUUCAGAUGUUCUCAUGUUUUAUUUCUGUUGUAAACUUUUUUAAAUAUGUGUAACGGUUCUAUUAUUUCAUGUUUUGAUGCUUUAAUGGUUUCUAUUGGUGUUUCAAGGAAAUUAAAGACAAAUACAAAAUAUA